ACAUGGUUUUGGAACAGCAUUCUGCAAAUCAUUAUAUAGAAAACCUCAGAGGAACGUCACAUAACACUUUAUUGACAACAGCCAAGUCCACCGCUUCGCUAUGCGUCUCUCCUCCUUCCUGGCCGUGUUCAGGCCUGCUCUUCCCCUUAUCCUGGGGCUCUCUUUAGGAUGCAGCCUGAGCCUGCUGAUGGUCUCCUGGACCCAGGGAGACACAGAUGACUCGUGUGGAGAUGAACUGGGCAAUGGGGGUCUCUUCCUGGGCAGCAAUAGGGGAGACCCCCCAGAGGACCAGAGAGGUGGUCCUGGGAAUGAGGACUUCCAGCCCCGCAUCGUACCAUACCACAAGGACCCCAACAAACCACACAAGAAGGUCCUCAGGACGCGCUACAUCCACACUGAACUGGGAAUCCGAGAACGCCUCCUGGUGGGUGUGCUGACCUCGCGGGCCACUCUUAACACGCUGGCCGUGGCGGUGAACCGCACCGUGGCCCACCAUUUCCAUCGCACCUUCUUCUUCACUGGCCUGCGCAGCCCCAAGGUCCCCCAUGGCAUGGCGGUGGUGGCCCACGGCGACGACCGGCCCGUGUGGCUGAUGUACGAGACGGUGCGCCACUUGCACCAGCACUACGGCUUGGACUACGACUGGUUCUUCCUGGCCCAGGACGACACCUACAUGCAGGCCGAGAGGCUAGCCGAGCUGGUGGGCCACCUCAGCGCCGGUCAGGACCUCUACAUGGGCCGGGCUGAGGAGUUCAUCGGUGGGGAGGAGAGGGCCAGGUACUGCCACGGGGGUUACGGCUACCUGCUCUCCCGGAGCUUGCUGGCCCGUCUGCAGCCCCACCUGGACACCUGCCGCAAUGACAUCCUCAGCGUGAGGCCUGACGAGUGGCUGGGCCGCUGCAUCAUCGACUACCUGGGUCUGAGCUGUGUAGAGGUGCACCAGGAGAUGACGUAUCGCUACUUUGAGCUGGGGAAGAAUGCAGACCCAGAGCGAGAGGACAGAGCCCAGUUUAAGAAUGCCUUCACGGUCCACCCUGUGUCAGAACCCAGCCUCAUGUACCGCCUGCACAAACGCUUCAGCCAGAUCGAACUGGACUGGACCUACCUACAGAUACAGCAGCUGCAGGUCCAGAUCAACAACCUGAGUGAGCUGACACCAGAGGGGAAGGCGGGGGCCACCUGGCCCAUCGGGGUCAACCCACCUUUCAGGCCCAAAACGCGAUUCGAGGUCAUAAACUGGGAGUACUUCACAGAGGAACACAUUUACUCGUGCCCUGACAGCUCCCCCAAGUGUGAGCUGCGUGGCGCAGACCGGGCCGACGUGAGCGCCGUGCUGGAGACGGCCGUGGAGCGCCUCAACGAGCGUUAUCAGCCCCAGCUGCGCUUCAGGAAACGGCAUCUGCUCAACGGCUACCGGCGCUUCGACCCCACUCGAGGCAUGGAGUACGUGCUGGACCUGGCUCUGGAGGCUUUCACCCAGAAGGGUCACAACCAGGUCAUUGCCAAGCGGGUCAGCCUGCUCCGCCCUCUCAGCACCAUCGAGAUCAUCCCCAUGCCCUACGUGACGGAGGCCACCCGGGUGCAGGUUAUCCUGCCAGUCACGGCCAACGAGCAGGACUAUGUGAGCAACUUCCUGGACAUGUACGUGAUGAACACUCUGGACACGCAUGACAACGUCCUGCUCACCUUCCUGUUUGUCUACGACCCCUUCGACGCCCAACGGAUCAGUCAGGCUGACGUGUUCGCCGGCAUCAAGGCCAUGAUUGGCGAGGUGGAGAAGCGCUACGGUGACGUGAAGAUCCCCUGGAUCAGCGUGAAGACGGAGGUGCCGUCGCAAGUCAAGCUGAUGGACAUCAUCUCCAAGAAGCACCCGGUGGAUACGCUCUUCUUCCUGGCCUCGGUGUGGACCGAGGUCAACGCUGACUUCCUCAAUCGCUGCCGCAUGAACGCCAUCAGCAACUGGCAGGUGUUCUUCCCCAUCCACUUCCAGGAAUUCAGUCCGGCUAUCGUGUACCGCGACCAGCAGCCUUCAGCCGCCUCCUCCUUCACCGCCGAGGCGCUGCGCGAUGGACGCUUCGACCGCCACGUCUUCGAAGAGGCCUGCUUCUACAACGCCGACUACAUGGCGGCGCGCACCAAGAUGGCCGCCGACAUCCUAGACAACGAUGAGCUGCUGGAGAGCAUGGACGUGUACGAGAUCUUUGUGCGCUACUCGGGCUUGCACGUGUUCCGGGCGGUGGAGCCAGCGCUAGUGCAGAAGUAUGUGCGGCGGGCGUGCAACCCGCGCUUCAGUGAGGACAUCUACCACCGCUGUGUGCUCAGUAACCUGGAGGGCCUGGCCUCGCGAUCCCACCUGGCCAUGGCCCUGUUUGAGCAGGAACAGGCCAACAGCACCUAGGUGGUCUAGUGGGGCUCUUCCACUGCAGCACUGGUAUCACGCUAGACUUUUCUGGACCAGGCCUCAGAAGACAACAUCUAUGGGCCUAACACUGGUGCAGUGCCUGGCAGUGGAAAUGCACCAUACUGUAGGUCUACCAUCUAAUGACAUUAUGAACCUCAACCACACUGCCUCGACUUUUAGACAAGGCAUGUUAUGGGAUGCUUAAUCUUCAGACGGAUCCCUAAGGACCAAGGACCCAUGUGCAAUCUUAGGCCUGCGAAGACUGAGGAGCAAUGUUACAACGUGUAUUCCUGCUAACUGUGUGUGCAGGCGAACAGAACUCUGUGCUUUCACACCAAUGGUAGUCCAAGGAGAGGCUCUAUUGGGAGGUGAUGAAUGAACAGCAUUGAUGUCUAUUUAGGGCUGGGCAGUAUACUGUAUUUUACUAUGUACUUUUAUUGAUGCACGGACCAGUUUGUGUUUAUACUUUAUCUUCUAUAACGGUAUUCGUGAUACGUCACUCUGGCUCGUGUAAUGUCAGUUUUUAUAGUUUACUCCGUUUGCUACUUGAGUUGUCUCUCUUCUCCUGCAUGCCACUUCCCCAUGUGCUUCCCUGCCAAUCCCUGCCCCCGUCACUGUUGGCUGUCAAUGCUGUGCCGUUCACUUUGUCUGCGUGGUCAGAUGUUAGAUGUUAGUGAUUUCCACUUUGCUUAAUAUAAAUCCACAAAAGUUCUAUAAUUACAUUAUUUUUUGUAUAUUACAGUCUGCAAACUAGUCAUUUGUCUUUUGAGAGAUGCUAAAUAGUGUUUGGGCUAAUUGCUAGUUAGCUGACUAGCAAGCUAGCUAAAUGUACUCAGAAAACGUAGCUAGCUAAUAAAACUUGAUACCAGUACUGGUGUAGGCCUAGUUCAGCAUGUUGUUUAUGCAAAAGUAUCUUCUAAAUCAGAGAUGAAGUAAGAGAAAACAUGUAAUGUAACAUUAGGGUCCACUGGGAAACACUGACCAACACUUUGGUUCCUACCAUGUCACAAUAAUUCUUCCCUGGCUUUUUCAUUCAUUGUCAUGUCAAACAACAAUGUAUUCAAAGUACUGUCCAUCCAUAUUCCAACUAUAGAAUUAGAAUAAUUAUUCUAUUUCCAUGAUUCCAACAGUUCACCAAUAAGGACUAUAUUUUUUGCCCAUAUCAUGCAGCCCCACGUGGCAGUGUGUAAAUGAUAACAAAUGAGUGCAGGAAAUGCAGAAAUAUCGGAUAAGAUAUUUUGGCCAUUUUGCCCAGCCCUAUGUCUGAUGUUUUGUUUUGCCUUGAGAAAAUCACUAUGAGCUAUAUGUCUUCCUUCAUGACUGUACUGAUUUAUGAUGCUAAUACUGGAAUUAAAGAUAAUUAAGUGUC